UCAUCAUCAUCAUCAUCAUCAUCAUCAUCAUCAUCAUCAUCAUCAUCAUCAUCAUCAUCAUCAUCAUCAUCAUCAUCAUCAUCAUCAUCAUCAUCAUCAUCAUCAUCAUCAUCAUCAUCAUCAUCAUCAUCAUCAUCAUCAUCAUCAUCAUCAUCAUCAUCAUCAUCAUCAUCAUCAUCAUCAUCAUCAUCAUCAUCAUCAUCAUCAUCAUCAUCAUCAUCAUCAUCAUCAUCAUCAUCAUCAUCAUCAUCAUCAUCAUCAUCAUCAUCAUCAUCAUCAUCAUCAUCAUCAUCAUCAUCAUCAUCAUCAUCAUCAUCAUCAUCAUCAUCAUCAUCAUCAUCAUCAUCAUCAUCAUCAUCAUCAUCAUCAUCAUCAUCAUCAUCAUCAUCAUCAUCAUCAUCAUCAUCAUCAUCAUCAUCAUCAUCAUCAUCAUCAUCAUCAUCAUCAUCAUCAUCAUCAUCAUCAUCAUCAUCAUCAUCAUCAUCAUCAUCAUCAUCAUCAUCAUCAUCAUCAUCAUCAUCAUCAUCAUCAUCAUCAUCAUCAUCAUCAUCAUCAUCAUCAUCAUCAUCAUCAUCAUCAUCAUCAUCAUCAUCAUCAUCAUCAUCAUCAUCAUCAUCAUCAUCAUCAUCAUCAUCAUCAUCAUCAUCAUCAUCAUCAUCAUCAUCAUCAUCAUCAUCAUCAUCAUCAUCAUCAUCAUCAUCAUCAUCAUCAUCAUCAUCAUCAUCAUCAUCAUCAUCAUCAUCAUCAUCAUCAUCAUCAUCAUCAUCAUCAUCAUCAUCAUCAUCAUCAUCAUCAUCAUCAUCAUCAUCAUCAUCAUCAUCAUCAUCAUCAUCAUCAUCAUCAUCAUCAUCAUCAUCAUCAUCAUCAUCAUCAUCAUCAUCAUCAUCAUCAUCAUCAUCAUCAUCAUCAUCAUCAUCAUCAUCAUCAUCAUCAUCAUCAUCUCAUUCAUCAUCAUCAUCAUCAUCAUCAUCAUCAUCAUCAUCAUCAUCAUCAUCAUCAUCAUCAUCAUCAUCAUCAUCAUCAUCAUCAUCAUCAUCAUCAUCAUCAUCAUCAUCAUCAUCAUCAUCAUCAUCAUCAUCAUCAUCAUCAUCAUCAUCAUCAUCAUCAUCAUCAUCAUCAUCAUCAUCAUCAUCAUCAUUCAUCAUCUCAUCAUCAUCAUCAUCAUCAUCAUCAUCAUCAUCA